AUGUCUAAUGCUAAGAUUUAAGAUUUUAGUAUUCAUCCAUAGGUAACCCAAACAAAACAGUAAACUUAUUAAUAAAAUGACAGUAGAUCAUUUUUGUUAAGUCAAAAGAGCAAUUUGUUUUUAUCGAAAGAAUAAUUGUUAGAUCCACAAGAUGAUAAUCAUCCCUAUUAUCUGCAAGCUGAACCCAAAGAAAUAAACUCUAAUUUCUAUCUGAAAUAGGGCAAUCAAGAGAAUGUAUCUUAAGAACAUUCAAAAUAAAGAAGAACAAACUUAUCAAACCAUAAAUUGGAGAAGGGAUCUUCAUUUUCGAGUACACAAUGUUAUAAAGAUCAUUUAAAUAUAUUAUUGAGUCAAUCCUAAUAGGGGAAUGUUAGAGACAGUUAGCAUAACCCUUAUUUAAACUAAACCAAUUCCAUUAAAAAGAAAUAAAACUACCCUUUGAAAACUAAUUCAUUUAGCAGUCAAAAAACCAAGAAAAAGUAGAACAUCUUAAAAACCAAAAAAUGA